AUGCCAUAUUUUCACACCAAAAUAUUAAGAUUGGAGUACUGCAAUAUAACCGCAGAUCACGUAGAAAUAUUGCAAACAAAUUUGAAGGAUAAUAAAGUAUUAACUGAAAUUAGUUUAAACGGCAAUCCCAAUGAAAAUCUCCACCUCCUAUUAAAUCUGCCGAUAUUAUCCUUGUCUUUAAGAUUCUGCAAAAUAGAUUCCAUCAGGGCUAAAGCUUUGGCCGAAGCAUUUAAUAAAACGGAAAUAAAAUUGAUUCAUUUAAAUUUGUCCAGUAACGAUGUAAACGAUGACGGAGCAGAAUUUGUUGCAAAUAUUAUAAGGGUUAAUAGAACAUUAAAAGCUUUUAACUUGGCCGAUAAUAAAAUAGGCAAUUUGGGUUGUGCAAUUAUUAUGAAGUCCUUUCAACUUUUUCCAUUGAGUCAAAAUGAGCUUGUGCUCAAGAGAAAAAUUAAACUAAGGUUGAUGGAAGUUAUACCAGUAAGAAUUUUAUUUUCAGAAAAAAAUGUCUGGUUUGAAAAAAUUAUAACAAGACCUUUUUUACUUGAAAUUGCACAUAUUUUUUUAUAA